UAAGCGACACAUACAUGAAGUUCAUAAAUUAAUUUGUUGAAUGAAAUCAAAUCUUUAAACUACUAAUGGGUGCAGUAGGCGGUCGACCGGAAUUUUUAGCCAGGAUUUCUUGGUAUGAAGACAGUCACUGGGAGUUUUUGCAAUAGAGUUUACUUCAAUUGAUGCACAUUGACGUUUUCAAUCAAUUAACUGAUCGGAGAGUCAAACUGUUGACUGGCUGCUGGGAUUUUUACAACAUGAGAUUGAACGAAUCUAACAACAUGUAUAGAACAAUGUCAAAUUCUCCGAUACUGUGACAGAUGUGGAUUGUGUGACGUAGUUUACACAUGUACACCUGUAUCAGCAAGAAAUGCAAAAUUGGUAUGGCUGACAGAAAUUUAAACGAAAACAAAACAGUACAUGAACUUGCAUCAUGUCUUGGGAUUGACGAAGUUCCAGAUGUUCGAGCAUUUAUGGCAAAUCCAUUGUUUUUAUCUCUUUUCAAUUAUUCACAAACAGAUCAUAAGGAAAUCGUUAAACAAACUAGAGAUUCUGUCAGAGUAUUUCAACAGGAUAACACGUUUUCUUUAAGUAUGAUCCUACAGUUCCCAAACUCGCCAACAGCUAAAAAUUAUGUUAAAGCUGUAAAUCAUUUUAUUUUAGUUUCUGAAAUAUUAAAAGGCUACACAAAGGAUAGAGUUGAAGAUUUAAAGGACUGUGAAUUUCUUUUUCCAGCCUUUGAGAAUAUCGUACAAGGGUUCAUAACGGAAAACAGUACUUUUGAAGCAUGUCAACCACCCGAAAAUACUUUAUGUCUUGCUGAACAAUAUCUUAUGUUAAGACCCAAUGACAUUUUUGCUGAGUAUGUUAAAGUUAUCAUUCUUCAGAGAGCAUCCUACAAUCCGCAAAAUGUUAAGAAAAACCUUUUGUCUGAUUUUGAAUCCGCAAAACUACGGAUAAAAACGUCUGAAAUUUUUGCUUCAAAACUCCGUUUGAAAAUGGAUUCUCACCCAUUUCAACGCAGAAUUCUUGGGAAUGUAUAUUAUCACCUUGGUGCAAACUACGUAUGUACUGGUCAACCUGAGCGAGCGCUAGACUCGUUCCAGAAAACUUAUGAUUUGGACCAUACAAAUUUAGACGCACUUUAUGGAAUCGCCUACCAUUACAUCGAUUUGGAUCAAACAAAAGCUAUCAGGUUGUUCCUGCAAUAUAUUAAUGAGGCCCCGAAAUGUGAUAAGAAGUAUCCGAAUGCUUAUUAUUUGAUAGCUUACACCUUCCAUCUACAAGGAAAUAUCCAUGAAGCAAUUCGGCACUGUUCUUUGGCAGAAGAAGCAGAAAAAAAGCGUCUACCGUUCCUUCUACCUGUUGCGAUUCCUCAGAAGACGUAUAUGAUCAAAUUAAAACAUAGUUUUUUGUCCGCACAGAUAAAAUAAUUGCAAACCGAAAAGCACUUGAUUGAGUUUUUAAAGACAAAUUGCACAUGCAUCUUUGUAUUAACAGUCUUUU